CAUUGGACACCAACCUGCAUCCAGGCCUUCUACUUACUACCUUUCACGUGCUCCAUAUAGUUCGUCAAAAAAGCAUUGCAUCUGAUCAUGCGACCCGCGUACAAUGUCCAAGUCCAGGGAAGGGUAUCAAAUGAUGAAGAAGAUGAUGACUUACUUGUCAUUGGAAUUGACUUUGGGACGACUUACUCUGGAGUAGCUUGGGCUACGACUGAAGAAUUCGAAAACGACCACAUCAAUAUCAUCACCACCUGGCCUGGUAAGGGUCCCGAUGAAGGCAAAGCCCCAACAGAGCUUUACUAUGACGACGAAAUGAUGAUGUGGGGAUACGAUAUCCCUGAUGAUGCAGACCCAAUCCGCUGGUUCAAACUUCUACUCCUCAAGGACGAAGAUCUUGGCCCUGAACUGUGCGCAUCUGAAUUCAUCUUGCGAGGCAAGAGGAUGUUGAAAGACUCUGGGAAGACUGCCAUUGCGCUCGUGGCGGAUUUUCUGCGGGCACUCUUCAAUCACGCGAUGUAUACCAUUACUAAGGCAAGAGGGGAAGAAGUCGUUGACGCCAUGAGGCUACACAUAGUCAUCACAGUACCUGCCAUCUGGAAGGGUUAUGCGAGGCAGGCAAUGGAGACAGCCGCGGAGCAGGCAGGCAUCCUCUGUUCACGAGUAGCAGGAAAAACUAGAUUGACUCUGGCACCUGAGCCCGAAGCCGCGGCUUUAUCAACUUUGAGCGAGCCAGGCCGAAAGGUGGGCAAGAAUGAUGUGUACAUUCUUUGCGAUGCCGGUGGUGGCACAGUGGAUCUCAUCAGCUACCAAAUUGAUCAGACCAGACCCAUAUCGAUGCAAGAAGCAGUGGAAGGAACAGGUAGCCUUUGUGGUGGUAUCUUUAUUGACGAAGCCUUCGAGAGAGCAUGCAAAGCUCGCUUGGGCUCCAGAUGGAACCAUCUGAGUGACACUGGGAAGAAGAGAAUUAUGAAAAAUGAGUGGGAGGCACUCAUAAAACCAACAUUCGUACCAGAUCUUACCCAUCGAGAAUACAUCGUUGAAAUACCAGCCGAAGCUUUCAGCGAGUCUAAUCUUAACGACUUCUGCAAGGAGCCAGUCAUUAAGAACGGAAGGAUUCAUUUCAAGGAACCUCACAUUCAAAGAGCCUUCACAGACUCUUUUAAUGGGAUUGAUGAGCUGGUUACGAAGCAGAUUAGAAUGGCGACGAGGUCUGGCUUAACAAUUACCGGAAUCAUUCUUGUCGGAGGAUUAGGCGCCAGUCCAUACCUGUAUGACCAUCUCAAGGAGAAGCAUGGGAUGAAAGUCUUGCAGUCGGGGGGCAUGCAACCACGGACCGCAAUUUGCAGAGGGGCAGUUCAUAAAGGAUUCCUGGAUGGCCAUCGAGCUGAAGAUCAAACUCUUGUCAAGCGCCCUGACCACAGAGUUAAGGUACCUAUUCAAGUGACCUCAACAGUAUCGAGGUCAAGCUAUGGAGUUACUUACCGAGCGGAAUUCGAUCGGUUCAGGCACCUUCAAGAAGACAAAGAGUUCGACGUCUACUUGGGGGGUUGGAGGGCCAAGAAUCAAAUGCACUGGUACCUGAGAAGGGUAAAUUUCCCCCGUAUGUCACCCUGGCGGACCACGAAAUUAACUCUCUCAACUUCUUCAUAGGGCGAAAUUGUUUCUCAGAUGAAACCAGUACAAUUCUCCUAUUAUGAGAUUUACAAAAAAGACGUAGGAGGCCAUUUUUCUGUUGGCAUCUGCGAAUGCGAUGCGGUGGAAGUGCCAGAUCGGCGCACAUUCCAAGUCAAUGACUUUUGCUACAUUGAUUGCAAGCUCGACGUUCCGUUUUCGAGUUUGCCUGACAUCAUGACCAUCGAUGGUACGAUGGCCAAGAAGAUGACUUAUGUGGUGGAGAUGAUUCCAUCGGGGGCGUCCGUGGAGUUUGCUGUCUACAUCAAUGGUAGGAAACAAGGUAGUCACAACGCCUGCGUCAGGUUUGAGUGAUAUCUGUCUUUUCCAUAUUGUAGAAUUCCCUGCUUAGAUAUAUCUCAGUUCCAGAAGCUUCUCAUGUAAGAUGGUCCUCACAACGCGCACACAUUAUUG